AUGCACAGGUAUGGGGCUGGGUUAUUUAAGCUUCAGGCGGUAUUCUCGCUUGCUAAGACAAUUUCGCCGAAAGGAAACAUAAUUUUAUAUGGACAGUCGAUAGGGUCCGCAGUGGCUUUGGGAUUAGCCGCCACUCUGCAACCCGAUGAAAUUUCGGCGAUAAUCAUCGAAAAUCCCUUUCUCUCCAUAUCGAAGCUUGCUCCAAGCGUACUACUGAUGGACCUUGAUUUCUUUGGGAAAUUGAUCGAAAAAUUUAUAAUUAUAGACAAUUGGAAUAAUGAAGAGUCGUGUAGGAAGAUUUCGCAAAAAGAAAAGGAUGCACAUCUUUUCAUUCCGGUUCUAAUCUUGUCCGGAUAUAUGGACUCCAUGAUUUUGGGAGAGAAACAUUCCAAAAGCCUGUAUUCAAUCCUUUCAAAGGAGAUGUUUAGUGCCAUUCCUUAUAGUUUCACCAACAAAGUGUCUAGCAUUUGUUCUGAAGACAAGAAAAAACAAUGGAGUGUCUUUGAAGAUGGUAACCAUAACGACACCGUAUGCCAGUAUGGAUAUUUUUAUAUCAUUGGGGCUUUUUUAAACAAGUUUGUUUUUGAGAGGUAA